AUGGCACCGUCAGGACAGAGCAAGAAAUCUUCAAAGCAUAGUAGCACCGACAAGGUCGACACGACCACUCAAGCGGGCGCAUUCCUGGUCUCGAUGGUGGCAGGGGCGGCUGAUGUCGAGCCGAUACCCUACCUGGAUAGCCCAUCGUCAAGAAAAAAGAAGUCCUCCAAACGCAAUCGCACCGACAAACUCGAUGCAGCCGUCCAAGCGGGCACACUCCUGCUCGCAUUGGUGAAGGAGGCAGCUGAAUUUGCCCCGAUACCCUACUUGAAGAUCGCUGCUGGCACAACUCUCAAGAUUGUGAACACAGUACAGGCGGUCAAGGAUAACAAAGCCGAGUUCCAGCAUUUGGCGCAAGACUGCCUCGAGAUCAUCGCUGUCGCGUGGAAAUCGUACCAGCGGGUUGGAGACCCUGAUAAGUGGCCUAAGGACACAGCUGAAAUGGUGGAAAACCUCGUAACCACCCUGAGCUCGAUCUUGGACUUCGUCGAAGGACAGGUAGAUAGAAAGCGAACAAUACGCGUCUUCUACAGCAUCGCCGAUGUGGGGAAGAUCAAGGAGUAUCGUGAACGUCUUCAGGCCGCCAUCUCCAAGUUUCAGGUAUCCUCUCACUUGAGCAUACAAGACACCCUCUACCUGUUAUUGAAAGGCCAAAGUGACAUCCAUGCGCGUUUAACCGGUACAGGACCAUCCGAUUCACUGGUACAGCGCCGCCUAGAGGAGGAGAAAGCCCAAGCUCGUGCUAGGGAAGAAGCCGAAGAGGCAGCUGCGAAGAAACGGAUCGAAGAGAUGGAGAAACUUAAAGCGCAACGCGACGAGGCCUUGAAGGAGACGAUCCGGCUGCAGGAAACUCGAGAGGACAUCGACAAGGCGAGGUUCGAGCACGAGAAGAUGGCGGCGGAGCUGAAGCGCUGGAAGGAGAGACAGGAAGAAGAGGCAGAGCUUACUCAGCUCAAGGAGGAGCAACGGCUCCGGGAAGAGAAGUACCUGAAGGAGGAGGACGAGAAGCGUGCUCGGUUAGCGAAGGCACUCCUCGAGGAGGAGGAAGACUCGGACGAGGGGGCAACACGAGCAGAAGCUGACCGUCGACGUCAGGAAGAAGAGGAGAAGAAGAGGCGCCGCGAGGAGAAGGCGGCGGCGCUGAGGAAGAAGAUUGAGAGACAACGUACCCAGGAGCGUGUUUCCAUAUCCGCCAAAGCCACAAAAAUCAAACCACCUGUUGUGGAAGUCGCGAGCGAGGACGAAGAGGCAAACGAUGACUCUUCAGAAGAAUCCGAAGAGUCCGAAGACGAAGCCGCAAAGCUCGCUCGCCUCGAAGCUGAAAAGAAAGCCCGCAAAGCUGCAAGGAAGAAAGCCACACGCGGGCAAACCACCGCUGAGGACACCAUGUGUGCCGCGUUCGAGCAAAUGGGCUUCAAUGCCGGACGUACUGCCUCGCCCUCGCCCUCGCACGCACCCCCACCUCAUGGAUACGCCUCGCCUCAGUACCCUGGCCCAUAUCCACCACCAUACGGUGGACAUUCCCCGUACUAUGGAACGCCGAUGUACGGAAGCCCUGUCUCUCCGUCCUCACCGCCUCACAUGAUGUACCCUGGCAUGUUCUCGCCCCCGUUCAUGUCGACAAACAACAGCGGCAAUAUCACGAACAUGAGCAUGUCGAAUAUGAAUAACGAUAAUAGUAUUCGAUAUGGUAGCAGACGUCCGAAGAAGGCCGCUACGACGAGGUGA